CGCAGGUUUUGAUAUAUGCGUAACACUUAGAAUGGCCUUGGUUAAUUAUGGGAGUUCUGGUGAAGACUCAAGCGAUGACGGUGAAAAGUCCAUCGAAGACGGUGAUGGCAGCAAAGUAACUGAAAGCAAUGUAUCUAAAGAUCGAGUAGAGCCUGAAUUUAAAAUGCGAGUCCCUAAAAGUGCCAAAAUACCCAACCUCGUUCCUAAUAUCCCUAUCGUUAAAACAAAGGAAGGUAAAAUAUUCUUGUCUGUCCCGGACUUGGAAGCACUGGAUUCCUCGGAUGACAGUGAAGAGGAUGGUCAAUCAGUUAAAACUAAUAAGUUGCGCAGAAAUUACAAAUCUGAAAAAGACAAAGUUAACCUCCUCUCAAUUCUCCCACCUACACGUGCCCUGAUUAUUCGAGAAGGAAACAAACCAAUGAUACCGCAUCAAUUAAUCAUGUCUAGAAAAAUUACAAAUCAGUCUAACAAAGAAGCAUCUACUGUUAAAAGUAAAGGCGAAAAUGAUGAAAAGAAAUCACAUUCAACUCUUUCUGAUGCUGCUGAUGCUGAUGAAAUCUGGGAUUCAGAUGCUUUCGAUAAACAACAUGACUCUGAUACAGAAUUUUCAGAGCUAAACGAAGAUGCCGAAGAAUCCAGCUUCUUUUCAUUUUAUACACCUGCACCUGAAAAUCACGAAGCUGUUGCUUCAGCGCGAGCAGCAGCCAUAUCAGCAUUAAGAACAGGUCGAAGAAAAGCAGAAUUAUCCAGUGGUAAAACUCCUGCAAAGAAUGCUGAAAAUGAUCAUAGUCGUAAUAAUAAUAAUAAUUCAUCGAUAACAGCUGAAUUAUCUCAUGAAAUCUUUCUUGGUGAGAAGCAUACUCCAAAAUCAUGGGAAGAUUGCUUGCCUAAAGUUACUAUUAGUGAUACAGAAAUUUUGCGUCAAAUGUCUUCUACCCAGAAAAAUGCCUCUGAUGAAGAUGAGGAGUCUGUUGACAAAGUGUUUUGGUCGGAGGAGAAUUUCAUUCCAGGUCCCGAGCGUAAACGUGCACGUCUUACUAUGCCUGGUACAAAGGCGAAUAAUAUUGCUGUGAAUGAAUUACUUCAAUCGACAAACACUGAAGUUAUAUCUAUCAAUCAAUCAGAUUUAACUGCUGGCGCUCAGCUUGAAUUAAUCAAAUCAGUUACUGGAGAUGAUGCUCAGUAUAGACCAAAGCCUACAACAACCACUGAUGAGCCUGGCAAGUUGGCACAUCGGAAACAUCAAAUCACCUGGUUAUGUCACCAGGCUCAAGAGAAUGAACUUGAAUUGGAAAAACGUUGGGCUGAAGCUAGACGGAACAAGGCUUCAAAUCGAGCUAAAUAUGGAUUUUAAACCUCAGGGUAAUGGUGUGUGUGUGUGUGCGUGUGUUCGCACGCGUGUGUGUAUGUCUGUGUUUCCUUCUCUUGUGUAAAUAGAACUUCCUACUACUAUCCUACUAAUUUAUUAUUAUUUUUGGUAAUCUGAAUUUCUUAUCUCCUUUCUGUGAAACCUUUUCUUUCCCUUCUUUUGUAGAAAAUAUUUCAUUGUAAAGUAUACAAAAUAUAAAUGAUGCUUGGGGUUUCAGUGUUUUGUUCAGUAUUUUCAUAUCUUCUCUUAAAAGAAAUAGUGGAGUGGAC